AUUCUCCGCCACCACCACCACCACCACCAUCACAGGAAGAAGGAGAAGAUCUUCAGAGAGAGAGAGAUACAGAAAUUAAGCAAUGGAGGAUGAAGGGGAAGGAGGGGGAUUGAUGCAGAAACUACUGAAUAAGAAAAGUAAAGAAGGAGAAGUCGAUUACAAGACAAAAUCGGGUACCGCAUGGAGUCAUUCCUUCUUAAAUCAGAAACCAUGGCAUCCAUUAUCAUAUCCAAAUCAACGCCGUAAAUGGAUUGCUGAACAGACCAAUGCUCAGAGACAACGACGAGCUGAGGAAGUCGCCCGAGAGUUUGCACAAGAACAGCAAAUUUUUAAGCAAACAGCUGAGUUGAAUCAAAGAGAGAAAGAGAAGGUAGAGACUAUGAAGGCUGUUAGUUUUAUGUAUGUUCGUCCACCUGGUUACAAUCCUGAGAGUGCUAAAGCUGCUGAAAUCGAAGAUGAGAGGAAAAGACUGGGGAUUACUAAUCCACCUGAAGAAUCCACCUCUGGGAAGAAUGACAAGGAGGAGGAUGCUGUUCCGGUUGAGGAGGAGAAAAAGAAGAAGAAAAGACCAAGAGAUGUUUUUGGACGCGCAUUGCCUACUGAAGACGAGUUUUCAGUACUCAAAAAUGCUCCUAGGCUGGAAACUGGUCUCCCAGCCAGGGCAAAACCUUUUGGGGUGGAAGUUCGAAAUGUUAAAUGUGCAAGAUGUGGAACUUUUGGUCACCAAAGUGGUGACCGUGAAUGUUCUUUAAAGGAUAUGAUAACGCCAAGUGAGGAGAGUCGUUUGAAAAGAGAUGAUCCCUUGACUGCUAUCCUUGCCCAGACAGAGGUUAACGAGCCUCUCAAGUGGGAACUAAAGCAAAAGCCCGGUUUAAGCCCUCCGCGUGGUGGGUUCAAACCAGAUGACCCUAACCAACAGAUAGUUGCAGAAGACAUUUUUGACGAAUAUGGAGGUUUCUUGAGUGGAGGGAACAUUCCUGACCUGCUGGCCAACUUCUCAGUCAGCAUUCCGGAGAAGCGCUCCAGGAGUAAACGCAAGCACAAAAGCCGGUCAUUAACUCGUAUUAGUGAGUCCAGGUCCUGUCACAAGAGUCGAUCUAUGUCGCCAUCUGACUCCAGUGAUGAUAGGGAGAGAAGAUUGAAGGAAAGAAAAAUGAAGGAAAAGAAGCAGCAUAGGAAAAAGAAGCGGCACAAUUCUAGUUCUCCAAGUUCGUCUGACAAUUCAGAUUCCAACAGGCAUCGGAGAAGGAAAUCAAGACAAUCCUCGGAUUCAAAUUCAUCAGAUGAUUCCGAGUCUGACAGACAUCACAAGAGAAGCAAACACCGGCACCAUCAUCAUCGUCAUUAUCCCCAUAGGUAAUUCUAUGUGUAGUUCAGAAGAACUAACGGUGGACUACUCAAUUCCAAAAUCACGGAAGUGCAGACAACAUAACUUUCUGCAUUUGAACCUUUCCAAAGAGUUAGAGAAGCUGAAUCAGUACUACGGCGUUUUUGCCAUGUCUACUUCUCAUCAUCGGUCAGUUAGUUUCCUUAAGGAAUGAAGAUUCCCCAACUCAAAUGCACAUGUAGAAUCCAUCAUGUCUGUAUGAAUAGCAGUAUAUAAAAAGGUGUCUUUCCUGAAACUCAAAAGCCUUUGCCUCGGUCUCUCGGUUUUUGUCAUUUUUGUACUCUGACAAGAACCAGGGGCUUCACAAUUAAGGUUCUGAUGUCAAGUGGUGCAGUCUGAUUAGUUUGAGGAGUUUAUAUUCAGAGUGCUAAAAGUCCAUCCGGUUUAGUUUAGAGGUUUGUUUUACUUGUACCAAAGAAGAUGAUGAUUUAUCAUUCUGAUGUAAAACAAUUUUCAAAAUCGUUUCUUUGAGUUCCAGAAUGAAAAUUCACCAAUGUUUUAU